CCUUUUUUUUCUUCCCUUCCCCAUCAUGUAUCUAACUAGCAUCUUAGUCUGGCAGUUGACAAAGUCCAUAAAGUCAACUUGACCAAAUUUAUCCUAUGUUUUUCCACACCUUGCUUUCCCAUCUAACUCCAAAAAAUAACUCACCCUCUCUAUGAAAUGGAGUUCUUCAAGAGAGCAAAAGUCUUCCGGCUAAAACGCAGCAGCAAAAGCAAGUACCUAAUAGCCCACAAAGACGAGGAAACAAUCAAGCAAAGCCGCGACAACUCCUCUGACAAGGCUCGUUGGUGCUACGAGCUUGUCGAGGGGAAACCCAAUGUCAUCCGCCUCAGGAGCUGCUCCAGCUGGCGUUACUUAACCACCACUGAAGAUCCAUUCCUGUUAGGAAUGACAGGGAAGAAGGUUAUACAGACAAUCAACCAGGGUCCAACUACAGAGUGGGAGCCUAUCAAAGAAGGCCUCUAUAUCAAACUUAAGAGUCACACAGGAAGUACAUUAAAGGCCAACCGGGGGCCUCCUCCUUGGAGAAAUUCUGUCACCCAUGAUGAACCAGGUCAUUGGACAAGCACUGAAUAUAUGACAUUGUGGAUCGUUGAUUUAGUUGAGAUCGAUUAUCAAUCAUCAAAGAAGGGUGAUACUGAUUCUAUAUCAACGGAGGAAAUUAAGAGGAUCAAUGUUGUUUCCGUGUCUUGCAAUGUAGCCGAUCAAGAGGUUAAGAUGUCUGCUAAAGAUAAAUCUGAUUCCGCCAUCAAACUCAAGUCUAACCUUGAUGACACACUUAAUAUCAACAAAGUGAAUGGUACACACACAGAUAGAGUGUCAGAAUACUCUGUCCAGAGAGCUAAUAAGCAAACAUUUGAUCAACUGAAAAUCAAAGACUUCCAUACCAUCUUAUCCUUGGGGAGAGAUAAUGAGCUAGAGAAGGCAGUGAACGUGCUUAUCAUUGAUGCAAAAUCCAAAGGCCGAGGUAAAGUCCCUAGUAAACUUGUUGAAGUUCAAGAGAAACUCAAGUCAAUGAAGAAAAAUCAUGAAUCAGCCUCUAAGAAUUCUGUCGAGUAUUCUAAAUUCUCUACAAGAAGAUCAGAGAUCAGGGAUAAGCUUAAAAAGGAUGCUGCUCAAGCUCGUGAGCUAGAGACUGUUGAAAUCAAUCUUAGUAACACAAUUCUAGAAGCAAAAGCCAAGAAAGAGGAGUUGUUGAAGCAACUAGAAAAGACUGAAAGUGCCAUCAAGGAUGUUGAGAAAGCUCGGAGUGGUAAUAUGGCUAUUGUUGAAGAGCUCAUAUCGAGAAUAGAGAAGAAGAGCAAGGGGUUUAAGGAGAUGGAAAGCAAGGAGAAAUCAUGGCGGAUGAGGAAAAAUGAGGCUGAAAGAAUGCUACAAAGAAUUGAGAAAGACUGGGAGAUAGUUAAGAGUAGGUUUCCGCAUAUUUGAUUACAUAUAGGUUUCGUUUGGUAGGGUGUAAAAUGUUUUUCUGGAAAACUGUUUUCCUUUAUUUUCAGUUUUACAUUGUUUGGUUGGCAAAAGAGUGUAAAAUCAUUUUCCCUUGGGAUAAAAUUACUCUCCUAAUAAUGGAAAACCAUUUUCCUUUCAAAAUGAAGGGAAAACUAUAUUCCUUAUCUCUCUUGUACACUCCUCUCACUACCUCCUUACUUUCCCUUUCAUUUUCCUUUCAUUUCAUCAUUUUUCUUACAUCGAACCAAACAACGGAAAACUAAUUUUGGAAUUGUGUUUUCCAUUGUAAAUUGUUUUCCAUGAAAAUCAUUUCACACUGAAAAUGUUUUACGCCCUACCAAACGGAGCCAUAAUGGUGCAUCAGGCUAUAUCAUGGAAAAAUUGGCACUUGUGUUCAAAAACUAAUUACUGUAAGCAAGCCAUAAAUUUUAAUCACUGUCAUUUGAUCUCAUAUUUUCA